AUGGCUGCAACAGAAACUCCAUCAAAUGUGCAUGCUGACAGAGUUCCCCUCAAAGUUUUGGUGGACAAAAGAAAACACAAAGUUCUCUUUGCUGAGGCAGGAAAGGAUUUCGUGGACAUUCUGCUGAGUUUCUUGACAUUGCCUUUAGGGACUAUUGCAAGACUGGCUGCUAAGGAGUCAAAUAUUCAACCAGUGAAAGUUGGUAGCCUUAGUUCAUUGUAUGAAAGUGUGUCACACCUUGAAGAAGAGCAUCUAUGGACAGGGAUGUGCAAGGAAAUGCUGCUGCGCCCAAGAAGCUCUAUGGAAUCUUACUGCCAAUGCCUGAAAAUCAACAUCGACGACACUGGCAGUGACCCCGCUAUGUAUUUCCUGUGUAAGGAAUUGGAGUGUUGUAGAAAGAAAAGUGGGAGCCUUUUAAGCAUUUUCAGCAAUCAAAGAUGCAGUUGCGGAGAACUAAUGAACAGAGCAGUUACCCCAGAAAAUAUUACUCUAGAAAAUGGCUUUGUUAAGGAAACUGCUACUUUUAUAAUUUGUGAUGAUCUUUCUGUGUUGCCUAAUGUUCUUGUAACAGGCGUGAAUCUGCUCCAGAAGCUUGGAAUUAAAGACAUGGAUGUUAUUGAGGAACAAACUGUAGAUAUCAGUAAAAGGGAGGUUGUUGAUCUUCUCAAGUUGUCUUUGCUAUCAAAGAACUCUUUGACAGAUUUUAUCUUUAAGAAGAAACCAUGUGUUGGUGAUUUGAACCCAACAAACCAAUCCUGGCUUGAGAGAGGAGAAGAAUCAUCUGAUGGAAGUAGAAGGAUGGUUGUGAGGGCACUAGUAAGAAAAUCAAAUAAAACAGUUCUGUUUGCUGAGGCAGAAGAAGAUUUUGCAGACUUGCUUUUCAGUUUUCUAACUUUACCUUUGGGUGGAGUAUUGCACAUGUUGGAAGGAAAUUCUUCUUUAGGCUGCAUGGAUCAAUUACACAAGAGCAUUUCUGAACUUAGUCCAGAUAGAUAUUUAAGGUCGCAGAGACUCAAAGAAGAACUAGUUAAUCCCAAGUGUGCCCCUCAAUUCACCAUCAGUGAUCAGAUAUUACCAUUUAGCGAGGUGUCCUUGCCAGUUUACUAUUGCAAUACUUUCUUUGAUUGCCAUAAGUACAAUUUGACUCUUACUACUUCAACCAGACCUAUCUGUUAUUCAUAUGACAAGAAUGUUCCAUUGGAGAUUUUAGAUCCAAAGUCCCCUAUUGGGGAUUCACGGAGUGGUAAAGGCUUUGCCAAAGGACCAUCAAUGUUCAUGGUGACAGAUGACUUGGUUGUGACUCCAUUGUCAUCUAUUUCUGCUGUUUCUUAUCUAAAUAGAAGAUUACAAGUCCCCCUCUCGGACUUGGAGGAAAGGAUAAUCCACGUUGGUGUGAAGGAGGGAUUGGCCAUACUAAAAGCUUCCUUGACCUCAACAUCUGCUCUAACAAUCCUUCUGGAACAAUUCACAAGAAGUAUUUAG